AGUCGAUAUCAAGUUAUCGAGUCCGGAGGCUCGAUCACCUGAUCGAGUUAGGUCGCAAUCGAGUUGGUAGAAUCGAGUAAUCGAGUCCGGAGGCUCGAUCACCUGAUCGAGUUAGGUCGAUAUCGAGUUGGUAGAAUCGAGUGAUAGGGUCCGGAGGCAGGUGAUCGAGUUAGGUCGCGAUGCCUUAUGCCAAUCAGCCUACGGUGCGAAUCACUGAGCUCACGGACGAGAACGUCAAGUUCAUUAUCGAGAAUACGGACCUGGCAGUGGCCAAUUCCAUCCGUAGAGUCUUCAUCGCCGAGGUGCCCAUCAUAGCCAUAGACUGGGUCCAGAUUGAUGCCAACUCUUCAGUUCUUCAUGAUGAGUUCAUUGCCCACAGACUUGGAUUAAUCCCUCUUACAAGUGAUGACAUUGUAGAUAAGCUUCAAUACUCCAGGGACUGUACAUGUGAAGAAUUUUGCCCUGAGUGCUCAGUAGAGUUUACACUUGAUGUCCGUUGCAAUGAAGACCAGACUCGCCACGUCACAUCUCGGGAUCUCAUUUCUAAUACUCCUCGAGUCAUUCCGGUGACAUCCCGGAGUAGAGACAAUGACCCCAAUGACUAUGUGGAACAGGAUGACAUCCUCAUUGUCAAACUCCGGAAAGGUCAAGAACUGAGAUUACGAGCCUAUGCUAAAAAGGGCUUUGGCAAGGAGCAUGCUAAAUGGAACCCUACAGCUGGAGUGGCCUUUGAGUAUGACCCAGAUAAUGCCCUGAGGCAUACAGUCUACCCAAAGCCAGAAGAAUGGCCAAAGAGUGAGUACUCUGAGAUUGACGAAGAUGAAGCCCAGGCUCCCUAUGACCCCAAUGGCAAACCAGAGAGGUUCUACUACAAUGUGGAAUCCUGUGGCUCUCUUCGCCCUGAAACCAUCGUCCUUUCUGCUUUGUCUGGUUUGAAGAAGAAGUUAAGUGACCUCCAGACCCAGCUAACCCAUGAGAUCCAGAGCGACGUCCUGACUAUAAACUAGCAGCAGUCAUUUCUACCAGAAAUGGGGCUCAAGGAUAAUGGAGGGACUUCUAAACUGACCUUCUGCUUGUCACUGAAAAGUGGACUAAAAUUAGCCUCUUGAAAGUCCUGGCUAGCACAUUGCAGCUUUUAAGCCUGUUGCCAGUUUGGGAUGUAAUUUGCCCAGGAAGCUAUGGGAAGGAGAGGUGAGAAGCUUCACUUCCCACAAGCUUUCAUCCUGGUCAGCUUGGGUUGAUCUGUUCCCUUAGUAUGAACAGCAAAUAAAUCUUUUCUCUGCUGGGGAUGAGCAGAGGUUUUGGAGGAUGAGGUGAGAAGGCACAUCUUUAUUAAGUCCUUAUCAUAAAUAACCUUAAGGCUAGACUGGGCCUUUCUUGUGCAUUUUACUGUUAAUACCCUUUGUUGGCAGCAUUAAGGAAAAUUCUUUUCCCUGGAUUGUAGGCCCAGUCUUGCCGGGAAUUACUCUCUGAUGGUGCUUUAGCUGCCUGGGGUUGAGCCUUUAUUGGGUAUAGUGUUUUCUCCCAGGCUUGCUUUGGAGGGUCCCAUUACUUUCUUACCAGUCCCCCACUGCCUUCUCAACUCCAAAUCAUUUUAAAAAACAAAA